UGAAAUCUUCCCUAUCACUAUGGUAACGAGUACCUGCGAAAAGACAACUGUCAAAAUCGUUGGUUCAUACUUGCGUUAUAAAUCUCGCUUGAAUUGAAGGAAACAGUUCAACUUCAGCAACCAGCAGCUUCCAUAAGCGAAGAACAAUGGAGGAUAACGAGUAUAGUGCCUACUCGCUACAGAGACUUUUUCAUCAAAGUUCGGAAGACUACUUUCGAGAGUAUUUCGGGUUGAACGAUAUCGCCCCGGAGGAGGAAAUUACUUCUACAACCAACGAAGACUACCAGCUAAACGAAUGGCCGCCCGCUCCGGAAGUAAACUAUUGCACAAAGUACAAGGAAUUGCAAAAGCAGCUGAAAGAAAUUAACAAGGAGAAUGUAAGCUUCCGGCACCAGCUGCGGGCCGGCGAGCGCAAACUGUUGACAGUGACGCGUGAUCGGUCCUUCCUGCUGGACCGGCUGCUCGUCUACGAGCCGACCUUACCAUCGUCCUGCUUCAGCACUUCCAGCAGCUCCGAAUCGGACGCAUCAACGGACCAAUCGCCGGCGAGGGGACGUACAUUAAACCAGCGCCCGAAACGAAAGCAAUGUAACCACUCAUCGGCCAUGCGCGAACCGUUGGUGAAGCAAAGGAAAGGAAAUUAAAAUAUGAAUUACAAAAAAAAAA